UGUGUUCCAAUGACACUUCAACUUGAUCGAUUUUGGACUACUUGAUUAAAACUUGCCACAUAGACAGGAUUAUGUGGAGAUUGGACCCACUUUGAGCUGUCACAUCAGUUGCCACGUGUAACAAUUGUCCAAGUAGUAUCGCAGACAUAUUUAUUUGAUGAUCUGAACACCAAAAGUGGCCUCAUAAUAUAAAGAUAAACAAACGAAGAAUUCAAAAAUAGAAAUUCAGUCCACGAUGCAAGGACCUUUACCUGGUUGAAGAGGAAGAGCAGAAAUGGCUACACUAACGAUAAACUCCUUCAGUUGGAUCGUUUCCCACAAAUCUCAAACCUCCUUCAUACCCUCCCGACUCCCUCUUCAAACCCCACUUUAUCCCAACACCAAAAACAUCUCUUAUCUCAGAAUUACAACUCACUUUCCCAGGUUCUCUCGACUGCAGCCCAGAGCAGCUCUAGAGGAACAGGACCAACAAACUGCAUCUGUUGUUCUCCAAGAAGAGCAGCCAAAAGAACAACGCAAUAAGGAAGUUGAGGAGAGUGUGAAGGUGCUUAAGAAUGCAGCAAAGACGAGAUGGGUUCCCCCGAACGAGGUCCUUGCUGCACUAGCUGUGAUUAAGAAGGCCAAACUCGAUACCUCCGCGUUUCUCAAUACACUUGGGGGGACAGAAUCGCCAGGAAGAACUUGGAUGCUUAUCUUCACUGCUCAGGGUCGCUUGGAGCGUGGUAGCUAUUUCCCCAUUACUGCUGUUCAACGAUUUGAUGCUGCUGCAAAGAGGAUCGAGAAUGGAGCAUAUCUUGGGCCAAUCGGGUGCUUAACUUUCGAAGGCAGGUUUUCAUGGAAGAAGAGGAUAUUGGCUUUCAUUUUUGAGUGCAUCCGGAUAAAGGUCGGGCCAUUUGGUCCUCUACAGAUUAGUCUGGGCCAGAAAGAGGAUAGGGAACCUAACACUAAGGACCCCUUCUUCAUCUGGUUGUAUGUUGAUGAGGAGAUAGCUGUUGCCCAAGGAAGAGGUGGUGGAACUGCAUUCUGGUGCCGCUGUCGACGUGUCACAUAAUUCAUUGUUGCUUUCAUUUAAAGGUAAAAGCAGGAAAUUGUUAUACCUUGUAUUCAAAACAUGUAUCCAUAUCAAUUCUUCUACAUAUUUAGAAUUAGGGUGUAGAAAAUCCAUUUCUUUCUCUCUCUCUGUCUGGCAUUUGUAGAAUCAAAAUCUUGGACUCAGGCACCAGAAAGCUCUUUUUUUGGGCAAAGUGUGGGUGCAAGAAGGCUUAUAAUGCUUCUUGGUAACGUAGGCAGUGUGUAACCCCUAAUUGCAAAAAGAGGAAGAAAAACUGUAUUCUCAGAUCAUUCAGUUUUUA